AUGAAAUUAGGAUCUGCGAAAGUCGAGCAAAGUCCAAACGGGUUUGCGCUGGACGAUCCGAGCGUUGACCUCUGUCUUCUGCUGAAUUCAAAUAGUUCAAUGUAAGUAAGAGUGUUUCAGUCCUCAGAAUAACCUAUCCAUUAUAGGAAUCGGCUAGAGCCGCCCGGAAUUCUCGACUUCUUGUACGAAGUACUCCGAGACGCUGCCUUCCAGAAACUCCAAGAUCUCUACGAGCGUUUGUUUUUCACGGAGCUGACAGCUGCGGAAAUCGUCCGACGGUAUGCUGGCAACUGGAGACCUCCGAUGCUUCCCGGAUUCCUUGAAGAUUACCUGACCAGAGUUCCGGAAGUUCCUUUAGCACGAAUGCUCACUUUCCUGGACCCCGAUAGUCUUAUGAAGUUGCAGUGUUCCUGUCAGUUAUGGGCGGUAAUCGUCGUGUGAGUUUCAGUUUACUUUUCAGUUUUCACUUCAUCAUGUUCCCUUCUUUCAGGAAUGAACGGCUCAGGUUCCGACCUCGUUUUCUUCCAUUGGGCAGUGUCCGAUUGCUUCUGAACGGAUCUGUCGAAGUGACACGUCGAAGAUCUAGGUCCGCAUUCGCACCCAACUCCAAUUUGCAUUUAAAGUUUGUCGCUUUUCAGCAUUAAGGUCAAUCAUGAUCAAUUCUCGAAAAGUCUGCAAGAUGUCACCUUCGACAAACUGUUGAUAUACGAUGAAGGAACAGUCGAGGCCGUCCUGUACCACAUUCCGGAACUCAGAUGCCGUCACCUGGAGUUACGCAUUCCGGGAAAGGCCGAAAAUGAAGAGUUAGUUAUUCUAUUUUUUCCGUCUUGAAAGUGCGUUGUUGUAGUGAACUGCUGACUAUUUGUGAGCAAAUGAUCGUGAAUAGUUGGAUACGAAAGGUGACAAUCAUCGUUAGAAGCGACGACUGUGCUGCCCUCCGAUUCCGAUUGAUGAGCAUUGUGCAGAGAGGGCAUUACAUCGAUCUAGAUGCAUCGAUCAUCAGCGUUCUUCCCCCGUAA